AUGGUCAACCCGCGUGCGAAGCACGCGACACGACACAAAUACCUGCUCAAACGACUCGUCAAGACCCUUCGCUCGGCGUGGGGCAUGCUCAUCGAGAUGGAGCCGACUGCACACCUCAGUUACAGUAACCCAAAACAACCUGACGUGGCGGCGGCGAACAUCGGCAAAGGGCAUGUGCGCCUCGUUGGCGACUUGAAACUGACGAGCUCGCUUGCGUGCAAGGGUGGCGAUCGGCUCGGCUGGAAGGGGGCUUUUGUCGCCUUCGGCAACACCGAGCGGGCGCUGCUCGACUUAGUGUUAGGGCAUGCUGCAUGGCCGCGGCCGGGAGGGGGGGGGGAGGGGGGGAGGGAGGCGGAGGAUGCAGAGGCGGAGGCGGCGGCGGCGGAAGAGGAGGAGGGGGAGAGUGAGGGGGAGGCGGAGGCGGGGGCACCUGUGACGGCCCGCUACGAGAAGGGCGAGUACCGGUUCGCGCGGGAGAAGAAUUGCGACCUGCGUUUGCUCGACUUCGAGACGUUCGGCGGCUUCGGGGACGGCGUCCGCAGAAUUCUUCGGCAGGCGGCGGACCAGCUGAGUAACAAACUUUCGCACGCUCAGCACCUCGAUGAGGUCACAUGGACCACCAAGAACUGGCACGGGCUGCAGAUGCAGCGCUUGUCUGUCGUCCUCCACACCGCUGUGGCGUGGCAGACGGUGAACGAGCUAGCGUGCGGGGACAGCGGCAUUGUGCACGGAGCUAAGUGCAUUGCCGUUCUUAACGGAGUCGCUUAG